GCCCAACAGUCAGACACGCCACCGCUCUCAAUAAAUCCCAAUCUAACGAACCCCAAGGUACCCGAUCAAUUGCCCAUAGCGUAGCUGACAUUUUUAGAGAGAGAGAGAGAGGGAGGGAGAGAGAGGAUGGGGAGCAAUCCGAAGGGACGAACAGUGAUGGAGGUCGGAGCCGAUGGUGUCGCCGUUAUAACCAUCGUCAAUCCACCCGUCAAUUCUCUGUCGAUCGAUGUGCUUCAAAGCUUGAAAGAGAGUUAUGAUCAAGCCUUAAGAAGAGAUGAUGUGAAGGCAAUUGUUGUUACCGGUGCAAAGGGGAAGUUUUCUGGUGGUUUUGAUAUAACCGCUUUUGGUGGAUUCCAAGCAGGGAAAGUUCCACCACCAAAACCUGGUCUUAUAUCAGUAGAGAUUCUUACUGACACUGUGGAAGCUGCUAAAAAACCUUCAGUUGCUGCUAUUGAUGGCCUCGCCUUGGGUGGAGGAUUGGAGGUUGCAAUGGUUUGCCAUGCACGCAUAUCUACUUCUAGAGCCCAACUAGGUUUGCCUGAACUUCAGCUUGGGUUAAUUCCUGGAUUUGGAGGUACGCAGCGGCUUCCACGCCUUGUUGGCCUCUCUAAAUCCCUUGAAAUGAUGCUGAUGUCAAAGCCGGUUAAAGGGGAGGAGGCUCUGAGUUUAGGAUUAGUAGACGCAAUAGUAUCACCAGAAGAGUUGGUAAGCACUGCUCGUCGGUGGGCCCUCGAUAUUUUUGAGCGUAGAAGACCGUGGGUUGCUAGCUUAUACAAGACUGACAAAAUAGAACCCCUUGGUGAAGCAAAGGAGAUCUUUAAGUUUGCGAGAGCUCAGACCCGGAAACAAGCUCCCAACCUAAAGCAUCCAAUAGUUUGCAUUGACGUCAUUGAAGCUGGUAUAGUUUCUGGGCCCCGUGCUGGGCUUUGGAAGGAAGCUGAAGACUUCCAAGAAUUAUUGCAUUCAGAUACUUGCAAGAGCUUGGUCCACAUCUUCUUUGCUCAACGUGGAACCUCAAGGGUACCUGGGAUCACUGACCGUGGUCUGGUUCCAAGGCGAAUAAAUAAGGUUGCUAUUCUUGGUGGAGGAUUGAUGGGCUCUGGGAUAGCAACAGCAUUGAUUCUCAGUAACUAUCCUGUGAUCUUGAAAGAAGUGAAUGACAAGUUCCUACAGGCUGGUGUAGGUAGAGUCAGAGCAAAUUUGCAAAGCCGCAUGAAGAAAGGGAAUAUGACUCAAGAGAAGUUUGAGAAAACCUUUUCCCUUCUCAAGGGUGUCCUUGACUAUGAAAGCUUUAGAGAUGUUGACAUGGUCAUAGAGGUAGUAACAUGGUUCAUCGUUAUUUUGUGUCUAUGUUGUUGUCAAGUCUCAAAAGUUUCAUUUCCUUGGUGCUUCAAACAGGCUGUUAUUGAAAAUGUCUCACUAAAGCAGCAAAUUUUUGCUGAUCUUGAAAAGUAUUGUCCUCCUCACUGCAUUCUUGCGAGUAAUACUUCCACAAUUGACUUGAACUUGAUUGGGGAGAAGACCAAAUCCCAUGACCGGAUUAUUGGGGCCCAUUUCUUCAGUCCAGCUCAUGUCAUGCCACUUUUGGAAAUUGUUCGUACGGAGAAGACAUCUCCACAAGUAAUUGUUGACUUACUAGAUGUUGGGAAAAAGAUAAAGAAAACACCAGUUGUGGUUGGAAAUUGCACUGGAUUUGCUGUUAACAGAAUGUUCUUCCCUUACACACAAGCUGCCUUUUUGCUUGUUGAACGUGGUGCAGAUGUCUAUCAGAUUGACAAGGCAAUCACCAAAUUUGGAAUGCCUAUGGGCCCAUUUAGAUUAUGUGAUCUGGUUGGUUUUGGGGUUGCGAUUGCUACUGGUUCGCAGUUUGUCGAAAAUUUUCCAGAGAGAACCUAUAAAUCAAUGCUAAUCCCACUCAUGCAGGAGGAUAAGAGAGCAGGUGAAACUACUCGCAAAGGGUUCUAUGUUUAUGACGACAAACGCAAGGCGAAUCCUGAUCCUGAAUUGAAAAAGUAUAUUCAGAAGGCGAGGGAGAUUUCUGGUGUCAAUGUUGAUCCUAAGAUGAUGAAGUUAUCUGACAAGGACAUUGUGGAGAUGACAUUCUUCCCUGUGGUGAAUGAGGCCUGCCGAGUCUUUGCUGAAGGAAUUGCAGUCAAAGCAGCAGAUCUCGACAUUGCUGCUGUAAUGGGCAUGGGGUUCCCACCGUACAGGGGAGGGAUCCUGUUCUGGGCGGACUCUUUAGGAUCAAAAUAUAUCUGUUCGAGAUUGGAAGAAUGGUCGAACAUGUACGGAGCAGCGUUCUUCAAGCCAUGCUCAUUCUUGGCUGAAAGAGCUGCCAAGGGGGCUCCACUGAGUUCUUCGGUGGAACAAGCAAAAUCUCGCCUAUAGGUUUAAUCUUCUGGAUGCAUCAUCACCGGAUUUAGUCUCUCUCUCUCUCUCUCUCUCUCUCUCUCUCUCUCUACCAAAUAAUUGUGAGCUCAGCAGGAAUAAUACAUGGAUGUGUCGGCAAGGUAAUUUAGCUUUGGGAGAACUGAAUGAUAUUCGUCUUGAUGUAGAAUCAAACACAUGUUUUGUAUUCUUAAAAGUUGAAUGACUUUGGGGGGAUCAACCGUUUAGAGACAUACUUGGUCUGUUUGUUUGAAUACACAUGGGAUCAAAUGUGGAAAAAAUUUCAAAAUAUGCCUAUUUUGAGGAUUUUUUCC